GUUUAAGCAUCCGCUAGCAUCAGCAUCAUUCAUACAUAUACUACAGCUAGGGAAACAGGCACCAGGCGAAAGUGCGUGAGGAGCCUGGUCCUGACACAGCAAGAACGAGGGAAGAGUGGGUCAAAAAGAAAGAGGGGAAAACAGAACAAAAUAAAGAACAGACAAGAAGAGUACUAAAAAGAAAGAAGAAAAGAAGACAGAGAAGCUUUUCCCAAAUUCCUGGAUCCUUUUUACAAGGAGCCAUGGAGUACUCCCACAGCCCCCCGUGGAUCGGUCUGGCGCUGUGCAUUUCAAUAGUGGCAGGUGUCGGACAUUGCUUGACAGACAGAUCCUUGGACUCCAGACCAGCUUCCUCCUCGGACUUCUCUCCCGACAAACCCUCUGCUCCAGCACUCUCCUGUGAUUUCGAGACUCCCUGCUCCUGGACCCUGUCCAAUCACAGUGCAGGAGGGGACUGGCUUGUCACGUCGCCACAGCAACCCAGGCCCAGCUCAGAGAACAGGCAGCCAGGCACUGACCACUCCACUGGCAGCUCUGACGGUCACUUCCUGCUCCUGGCAGUAGGGGGCGCAGCUGUGGGCUGUGAGUUUGCGGUGACGAGCCCGGUGUUGCCGCACAGUGCCGCCGGGUGCCGGCUGCAGCUCGCCCGGUACCAGCCAGAACCGAGCCGGGGGAACCUGUCGGUCCAGAUCAGAGACGCCAACACCAACCGGGUCAGCAGGUCCCCGCAGCUCAGGGACUGGGGCCUGGACAGCAACAGAGGGCAGUGGGAGGUGCUGGCAGCUCCUAUUGGUCAGAGGGAGGCUGCGUUUCAGAUCAUCCUGUUCUACUCCUCCUGUGGCAGCGAGGCCCCAGGGACACUGGGGCUGGACUCACUGGAACUGAGAGACUGCGAGACAGGUGGCCCUCCCCCCCAGCAUGGCUGUGUCGAGGGGGUUUCCUUCCCUUGCGCGAUGGGCAGCUGCAUCGACAGGAACAGAGUGUGUGACUUCCACAGAGACUGCCCCCUAGAGGAUGACGAGGGCACUGUCUGCGAGUCUCUGCCCCUCGGCUCACACUGCUCUUUCGAGUCUGGUCUGUGUGGCUGGUCACUUUCCAGUGACCCCUCCCCCUCUACCUCCCCCUCCUGGUCACUGGUCAGCUCUCAUGACCUUUCCACCAGUCCAGACGUCCUGGGAUCCACUCUGCAGACCACAGGAGGUCACUUCCUGUUCCUGCAGGUGCGCAGUGAUGUCACAGCGGGCAGUGCAGUUGCCCAGAGCCACACCCUCCCGCCCACCGUCACCAGCGGGGAGUGCCAGGUGCAGUUCUCGCUCUAUGUCUUCGGUGUGUAUAAUGGGACAGUGUCUCUGUCAGUCCAGGAGGACAGCUCUCUGGGGGUGUCUCCACUGGUGUGGGAGCGGGCUGGCAGCUGGAAGGACAGCUGGCUGGAGCUGACCCUGCAGAUCCCUGACAUCCUGCACAGGUUCCACCUGACUCUGAGGGCGGUUUGGGGCCCGGGUUCAAGAGCUGACCUGUCUGUGGACGGCAUCACGCUGGGGGCUUCCUGCUUCGACACAGAUAAGAGCCCCUUGUUCCCAAGACACAAGUUGCAGCUGGACAGUGUGAGUGACCUCGGCUUCUUCAACCCCCUGCCAGAGCCCUCCUCCUCCGAGGUGUCUACGUGGUGGUUCACCUCAUGCGGGGCCAGUGGCCCCCGGGGCCCCACGCAGGCGCAAUGUGACAGCGCGUACCGGAACACCAACGUGAACGUGAGCGUGGGCAGGGGCGUGGGCAGGGGCGUGGGCACGGAGGUGCCUCUGCGGGGGGUGCAGAUGUGGAGAGUGCCCGCCUCCAACCGCUACAUGAUCUCUGCGUACGGCGCUGCGGGAGGGAAGGGAGCGAAGAAUCACAACAAGCGCUCCCACGGAGUCUUCAUCUCCGCCAUCUUCCCUCUGGAGAAAGAUGAGGUCCUCUACAUACUGGUGGGACAGCAGGGCGAGGACGCCUGCCCAGGGAGGAACCCCCUGACUCAGCAGAUCUGCCUGGGGGAGUCCUCAGUGAUUGAAGACGGGUUCAGUGGGCGUGGCGGCGUGCUGGAGUGGGCGGGAGGUGGCGGCGGAGGGGGCGGAGCCACGUACAUCUUCAGGAAGGAGAACGGCUCUCUGGUUCCCCUGCUGAUCGCUGCCGGCGGGGGGGGGAAGGCGUACCUCGAGGACCCUGAGAGAGGUCUGGAUGACAUCCCCCUGGAGCAGUACGAGAACAGCACAGCCGUGCCCGGGGUCAACGGGCUGACCGGGGUGGCAGGUGGAGGGGGCGGCUGGAGUGACAUCACCAGAUACAUCUGGGGGGGGAAGUCUCUCCUGCAGGGGGCGGAGGGGGGGUCGUCCUGCCCCCAGGCCCUGUCCAAGCUUGCCUGGGCCACCUUCGGGGGCUUCGGGGGGGGAGGAGGGGCCUGUACUGCGGGAGGAGGAGGCGGAGGCUACAGAGGCGGGGACGCGGCGGAGACUGAUGACAUCACAGCGGACGGGCAGGCCGGGAUCUCCUUCGUGAACCCCAUCGGAGAGAUCUUUCUGCAGCCGCUGGCAGCAAUGGAGAGCCACGGCGAGGCUGAGAUCAAGGUGCAGCUGAACUGCAGUCACUGUGAGUCCGAGACCUGCAAACAAGACGAGGAGACCAAACUCAUCACCUGUCUGUGUGACAACGGAGAGGAGCUGGCCAGCAACAACGUCACCUGCACAGCUCCGCGAGGCCCUGCUCCAGAGGGACACCUCUCCUUGCCUCUGAUCCUGGCGGUGGUGGUAUCGACGGUCGUGACUGGCGCCGUGCUGGCCUGCGCCAGCCUCACUCUGAUUUAUUAUCGGAAGAAGCAGCAGCUGCAGGCGGUACGUGUGCGUCUGCAGAGUCCGGAGUACAAGCUCAGUAAGAUCCGCACCUCCACCAUCAUGACGGACUACAACCCCAACUACUGCUUCGCAGGCAACGCGGCCUCGCUGAACGAUCUCAAAGAGGUGCCACGCCAGAACAUCACCCUGCUCAGGGCUCUGGGUCACGGUGCUUUCGGGGAGGUCUAUGAAGGCAGGAUGCUGGGGACCUCAGGGGAGAGCAGCCCGCUGCCGGUGGCCAUCAAGACACUCCCUGAGAUCUGCUCCGAGCAGGAUGAGAUGGACUUCCUCAUGGAGGCGCUAAUCAUGAGUAAGUUCAGUCACCAGAACAUCGUGCACUGUGUGGGCGUGUCUCUGCAGACCCUGCCUCGCUUCAUCUUACUGGAGCUCAUGACAGGAGGGGACAUGAAGAGCUUCCUGAGACAGAACCGCCCCAAAUCUAGCCACGCCUCCUCUCUCAGUAUGCUGGAGCUCCUCCACAUGGCCCGAGACAUUGCCUGCGGCAGCAGGUACCUGGAGGAGAACCACUUCAUUCACCGGGAUAUCGCUGCGAGGAACUGUCUGCUCACCUGCUCCGGCUCCAGCAGGGUGGCUAAGAUAGGAGACUUUGGGAUGGCCCGAGACAUAUACAGAGCCAGUUACUACCGGAAGGGGGGCCGCGCGAUGCUGCCUGUGAAGUGGAUGCCCCCUGAAGCGUUCCUGGAGGGGGUCUUCACCUCCAAAACAGACACCUGGUCGUUUGGGGUGCUGCUGUGGGAGAUCUUCUCUCUGGGAUACAUGCCGUACCCCUGCAAAACCAACCAGGAGGUGCUGGAGUUCGUGACCAGCGGGGGCAGGAUGGACCCCCCUAAGAGCUGCCCUGGGCCAGUAUAUCGCAUCAUGACGCAAUGCUGGCAGCACUGUCCUGAGCACCGGCCCAACUUCACCACCAUUCUGGAGAGGAUCAGUUACUGCACUCAGGACCCCGAUGUCAUCAACACUCCUCUCCCGAUGGAGUACGGGCCCCCCGUGGAGGAGGAGAGCAGCACCGUCAUGCCACCUCAGGGAUCAGGGGGCGGGACCCCGCUGCUGGUCACCUCGACCCUGACCCCUGAGCCUGACCUGUCACCUAGGAAACCACACCCCCAAGGAGCAGGCACAGGGGAGGGGCCUUCGAGAGAGGCGUGUCCCGGGACCUGGCUCCACCCAAGCCCCGCCCCCUUGACACCGCCAGGCCCCACCUCCUCCGGCAGCCAGAAGCUGAAGAACAAAACCAAGAACCUGUGGAACCCGACCUACGGGUCCUGGGUACUGGAGAGCCUGGGUAGAGGCAAGAGCUCCCAGCCCCCAGCCCCUGCCAUCGCCUGCCCCCCUGCUCCUGCUCCGGCCCUGCCUACAGCGGCCCCACCACACCCCGAGAGAGAAGACUCGGGGUUCGACGGGAAUGGCAGCUCCUCUCCCCCCAGCUCCCGGGGCUCCCCCUCUCCACUGCCCCCCGCCAGCCCCCCCCCCUCGUGCGGUGGGGUGGAACUGGUCAAGCUGCAGAGCUUCCCCUGCGGAAACGUCAACUACGCAUACGACGAGGAGAGCCUGCCCUGCGCAGAGCCCAGUGCUAGUGCUGGAAGCUCUGGGGUCCCGUUCCCUCCUGCUGCCGCAGCCUCUGCCGGGGUCUCCAAAGCCCCGGCGCACCCCCGGUCCUGCCACAGCGAGGAGGGAGCCCACCUGCUCGGCAAACCAGAGAAACCCACCCGUGACCGGGACUCGGGAUUCUCGCUGUCUGAGGACCUGAGCGUGACGCCCGUGUGAGAGAAGAGAGACUCUGCGACAUGACAACCCAGCAGAGACACACACAUACUGAGAUCACAACCCAACAGAGACACACACACACACACACACACACACCGAGAUCACAACCCAGCAGGGACACACACACACACACACACACACACACCGAGAUCACAACCCAGCAGGGACACACACACACACACACACACAUACACACACACACACACACACCGAGAUCACAACCCAGCAGACACACACACACACACACACACACACACACAUACACACACACACACACACGCCGAGAUCACAACCCAGCAGGGACACACACACACACACACACACACACAUACACACACACACACACACACACACACACACACCGAGAUCACAACCCAGCAGGGACACACACACACACACACGCACGCACGCACUAUUUCACCCACUGUGUUUAGGAUCUGGCAGUCUAUUAUUAUUAUUAUUAUUAUUAUUAUUAUUAUUAUUAUUAUUAUUAUUUCUCGCUCUGGUAGGCUGGACUCUGACAAGUGUAAAACAAAAGUGUGACAGGGAUUAGAAAAAGACAGCAUUGCCAUCUCCCUGAAAUCUCUUACACUGAUGCUUUUUACCAUUCCAUAAGUGUGCAGCCUUGUGGACCUGCCUGCUGCUGAUCUCUGUUUAGAGGACUGCUCGUAUAAACCCACAGCAGGUCUACUGUACUGCUACAGAGACAGAAGACACUGUACUGUACUGCUACAGAGACAGAAGACACUGUACUUUACUGCUACAGAGACAGAAGACACUGUACUGUACUGCUACAGAGACAGAAGACACUGUACUGUACUGCUACAGAGACAGAAGACACUGUACUGUACUGCUACAGAGACAGAAGUCACUGUACUGUACUGCUACAGAGGCAGAAGACACUGUACUGUACUGCUACAGAGACAGAAGACACUGUACUGUACUGCUACAGAGACAGAAGUCACUGUACUGUACUGCUACAGAGGCAGAAGACACUGGAACUCAUUCUACACGGGUCAUGUAAGCAUCUGUUUCCUUAGCACUUCUAGAUGUAGUUUAAAAAAAAUGUAGAUAGAAAAAUCCUCAGGUGAAAAACUGGAUUGAACCAACACAAUGUAUUUUUGUCAAGCUCUGUAAGAUUGUACGGUACGUGAUUUGUAUUUUCUGGAAAGACUAACAUGAUGAUUUGGAAUGUGGGUGUAAUAGAUUGUCAAUGCUG